AUGACUACAGAUUCAGUUCCAGAAAAAUUUCAAGGUUUUGGUGUUGAUAAAGCUGAGAAUUGGGAUAAACCAAAAUUAGUUUCCUACGAACAUAAAAAAAUCAACCCAUAUGAUGUUGUGAUUAAAAAUGAAUGUUGUGGUGUUUGUUAUAGUGAUAUUCAUACUAUUCAAGGUAAUUGGGGUAAAUUAAAUAGAGAUGAUUUAGUUGUUGGACACGAAAUUGUUGGUAAAGUUGUCGCUGUUGGUGAUAAAGUCACUGAAUUCAAAGUUGGUCAAAGAGUUGGUACUGGUGCCAAUGCUUCAGCUUGUAGAAAAUGUAACAGAUGUAAAAAUGAUAAUGAACAAUAUUGUCCAGAAGCUGCUCCUACUUAUAAUGGACCAGAUGUUAGAUCUGAUGGUUAUAUAACUCAAGGUGGUUAUGCAUCUCAUUCCAUUGCCGAUGAACAAUUUGUUUUUGCUAUUCCAGAUGAAUUAGAAUCAAAAUUUGUUGCUUCACUUUGUAUGUAUUACUUGAAAAUUUGAUGCUACCGACUUGCAAAAUAUUUUUUUAAUGAAGCUAAUACUAACAAGAAACACCUCAGUAUGUGCGGGACUUACAGUCUGGCUGCCAAUCGUCAGAAAUUGUGGAUAUGAUGCAACUGGUAAAACCAUUGCUAUCAUUGGUUUAGGCGGACUUGGGCACUUGGCUGUACAAGAGAGUCAUGCUAUUGGUGCUAAAGUUGUUGUUUUCUCAACUACAGCUUCAAAAAGGGAAGAAGCUUUAAAAUUGGGAGCUGAUGAAUUUGUUGCAACAAAAGAGGAUAAAGAUUGGUACAAAACAUAUUUUGAUACUUUCGAUUUUAUCUUAAGUUGUGCUUCAGGUAUCGAAGGAUUAGACUUAGAACACUAUAUCUCAACUUUGAAGGUCAACAAGAAGUUUGUCUCAGUUGGUUUACCGCCUUCAGAUGAAAAAUUCAGUGUUUCACCAAAUUCUUUUGUUGCACAUGCGGCUUCAUUUGGUAGCUCCUUAUUAGGUAACAAAAAAGAAGUUUACAAGAUGUUAGAUUUAGCAGUUAAGAAAAAUGUCAGACCAUGGAUUGAAGAAGUUCCAAUCAGUGAAAAAUCCGUUCCUGAAACUUUAAAAAGAUUUGUUAAAGGUGAUGUUAGAUAUAGAUUUGUUUUAACUGACUUUGAUAAAUUCUUCGGUGAUCAAAAAGAUUAG